AUGGCGCCCCACCUGAUCGGCAGCCUGGCCCGCGAGGUUCCCAGCGCGGCUGCGGUCCCAACACCCCAGAGCAAGAUCAAGAUCAAGAUGCCCGUCAGCAGCCCACCGGAACACCUUUCGGGUGCCGAAUCCAUCCCAGUUGAUGAGGAUAGCGGUGGCGAACUGUCGGACGACCCUGCACCAUACGCCGGUCGAGAGCUAGUCAACAAGGAGCUCACAUCGAAAGAGACGUUCGCGCCCCACGACACUGACCCCACCAAGAUCGAAGCGACUUUCAAGAUCCAAAUGCCUGAUGGCAAGAGCUGGUUCACCCAGAAGAACGUGAUCCCAGAGAAGCGCGAAUCCGCCGACCGUGACUUGUACGAAGCCGAUGACUGCAUCUUCUUCCCUGACCUCGAGAGCUGCAAGGUCCCCAAGAAGGACAAGGAGAAGAAGAACAACCCCGUGGUGGAGUGGAACAAGAUUAGCGAGAACCGUUGGGAGCGGACUUUCAAGGGCAUCCAUGAGGUCUUCACCCCAAGCAUCGCCCUCCGCCGCUUCAACGCCCGUACCCGCGCAUAUGAACACGUCCACGUUGGCCAGUCGAAACUCACCAACAUCGACCCCAACGACAAGAAAUGGAAGGACGCAUACAACAAGUGGAUUGACCAGAUCUCGCGCCGGUCCAACGCCGCCUACGAAAAGAAGAAGAACCGUGAUCACUGGACCGUCCCAGAGAUCUGCGCCAUGUACACUGGCAUCAACGACUUCGUACACACCAAGGGUUUUGACGCGUACGACACCAUUACCACCGCCGACUUGGCCAAGAUCGUUGAAGCCAUCAACAAGGCUGGUGGAAAGAAUCGUGGUCUGGACGCUCUCCGAGGACAGAUCACGUCUGCUCAUGAGACGAAAAACAAGACGAUGGCGUAUCUUCGUGAGAACGCCCGAGACUUUCGACUGCUGGUUGAAGGUGGCGGCGUGUUUCCAGUUGAGAAGCGCGCCAAUCAUCGAAAGGGCACCGGUAAGCCCAAGACAUACAAGCCCAAGUUCCGAUCUGUGAACACACAGACUGGUGAUGAUAUUGUGGUUCACGAAGACUACGACGGUGCCGGCAUUACUUCGACUGCAAGCAAAAUCUCCAAGAAACGCAAGCGCGAUGCUCCGUCAUCCGGCAGCGACGAAGUCGAGGAUCAGACUGAGCUUCCUGCUGACGAGAGUGACGAAGAGGAAGUCGAGCAUGGCUACGGAAGCGACGCUGGCGAAUCCUCAGACGAGGAGGAAAACGGUGGUGAGAUCGAGCACGUGAAGGUGGCAGAGGAUUUGGAGGAGACCGCGGACGUCAAGGCCGAGAAUAUGGAGGUCGAGGACAAGGAGCCUGAGGUCGUCAAGGCAGCGGACGUGGAGGCCGACGCACUUCCGCCAGCCAAGAAGCCACGUGUGACUGACCACGCCAUGGAGCUCGCCCGCCAGAUGCUCGAGGAAGAUUCUGAUUAG